GCUCUCGAGGGUUUUGCCACCGCGCCCAAGCCCCCGAAGCUCCACCCCGCCGAGUUUCUCGACCCGCGAGGAGGGCUCGAAACCCUAGCCCCACCGCCGCCGCAAUGCCUCGCCGCAGCCACGAGGAGGAGGAGGAGGUAGAGGAGGAAUACGACAUGGAAGAGGAAGAGGAGGAGGAGAGGAGCGGGAAGCGAUCGCGCGGCGGGGGGCGCGGGAAGCGCUCGCGUGGGGUCGAGAGCUUCAUCGACGACGCGGCCAGCGAGGACGACGACGCGGAUGAUGACGAUGACGACGACGACGACGACUACGGGGGCGGCGGCCGUGGGCGUGGCUCCAAGAGGUUGCGGUCGUCGAUCCUGAUUGACGACAUGGCCCAGGUCGACGAGGACACCGAUAUCGACGACGCUGGUUCUGGUGGCGAUGACGACUUUAUUGAUGAUACUCGGGAUGAUGAUGACAUCCGUGGCAAUGAUGUGAGAAGGAGGCCUAUGCCUCAUUCUAGCUCUAUGAUGGAAGACGAAGAGGCUUUACAAGAGUAUUUGAGGCGACUACAAGAAAGAUCCAAAUAUGGGGCAGCAUCCCAUUCUGACUUUGAUGAGGAAGUAACCGAGAUUGAACAGCAAGCUCUCCUACCAUCUGUGAAGGAUCCAAAGCUUUGGAUGGUCAAAUGUGCGAUAGGACAUGAGCGGGAGACGGCUGUUUGUCUAAUGCAAAAGUUCCUUGAUAGGCCAGACCUCCAGAUAAAAUCCGUUGUUGCAUUAGAACACCUAAAGAAUUUCAUUUACGUUGAAGCAGAGAAAGAAGCCCAUGUCAAAGAGGCUUGCAAAGGUUUGCGGAACAUCUUUGCUUCGGAAAAAAUAACUUUGGUUCCUAUAAGGGAAAUGGCCGAUGUCCUUUCCGUUGAGAGCAAAUCUGUUGAUCUUUCAAGGGACUCAUGGGUUCGGAUGAAGCUUGGUGUAUAUAAGGGUGAUCUUGCUAAGGUUGUUGAUGUUGACAAUGUGCGCCAAAGGGUCACUGUUAAGCUCAUUCCUAGAAUAGAUUUACAAGCGCUGGCAAAUAAACUGGACCGGAAUGAGAUUGCUAAGAACAAGUCAUUUGUUACACCACCAAGGUUCUUUAGUGUUGAUGAGGCGAGGGAGAUGCACAUUCGCAUCAACAGGAGGAGGAAUAGAGAUUCUGGUGAAUACUUUGAUGUUGUCGGCAGUUUAAUGUUCAAAGAUGGCUUCCUAUACAAAACAUUCUCUAUGAAAUCAAUCAGCACCCAGAAUAUUCAGCCCUCAUUUGAUGAAUUGAAGAAGUUCAAAAGACCUGGUGAUGACCUGAAUGAGGAUGUGGCUAGCUUGGCCACUCUGUUUUCAAAUAGGAAAAAGGGCCACUUCAUGAAAGGUGAUGCUGUAAUUGUUAUUAAAGGUGAUCUCAAGAACUUAAAGGGCUCUGUUGAGAAGGUGGAGGAUGGUACAGUUCACAUUCAACCAAAACUACCUGGGCUUCCGAGAACACUUGCCUUCAGCGAAAAGGAUCUCUGUAAAUAUUUCGAUCCUGGAGAUCAUGUUAAAGUCGUAUCAGGAGUUCAAGAAGGCGCGAGAGGCAUGGUUGUUAAAGUGGAAGGGCAUGUUUUGAUCAUUUUAUCGGACACUACCAAAGAACAUAUCCGUGCGUUUGCAGACCAUGUUGUGGAGAGCUCUGAGGUCACCGCAGGGAUUACUAGAAUUGGUGAUUAUGAAUUGCACGACCUUGUUCUUCUUAACAACUUGUCGUUUGGGAUUAUUAUACGGGUCGAGAGUGAAGCAUUUCAGAUUUUGAAGGGAGUGCCUGAUAAACCUGAAUUGGUCCUUGUAAAUCUGAGAGAAGUAAAAAGUAAGAUUUAUCGACGCACAUCUGCUAAAGACCGAUCCAAUAAUACUGUGUCAACUAAGGAUGUUGUGAGGGUUGUUGAAGGAGCAUGUAAGGGAAAACAAGGUCCAGUGGAACAUAUACACAGAGGCAUACUUUUUAUCUAUGAUCGCCACUAUCUUGAACAUUCAGGAUUUAUCUGUGCAAAAUCACAAUCUUGUCUCCUUGUUGGGGGGUCAACUGGCAGCCGCCGUGGGAAUGCAAUGGAUAUAGUUGAUCCCUUUCAUGCUUUUAGCUGUACAGCAAGGACUUUACAGUCUCCAGGGAGGCUGCCCCCAAGAGGACCUCACAUAAAUUUUGGUGGAAGGUUUGGAGGCAGAGGUGGUGGUGGCAGAGGGCAUGAUGCCCUUGUGAAUAGAUGUAUCAAAAUCAAAUCUGGCCCAUACAAAGGAUAUCGUGGCCGUGUGAAAGAAGUAACUGGUGCACUUGUGCGCAUAGAGCUUGAUUCACUGAUGAAAAUUGUCACAGUUAAGAGAGAGGAUAUUGGUGACACAGCUGCUGUUGCAACACCAUUUCGUGAAACCCGUUAUUCAAGGGGCGUUGAAACACCUGUGCAUCCUUCUCAAACACCACUACAUCAUAUUCAGACUCCGAUGAAGGAUUCUGGAGCGACCCCAAUUCGAGAUGGAAUGAGAACUCCUAUGCCUAGUCGAGCCUGGGUGCCAAUGAGUCCUCCCCGGGACAGCUGGGAAGAUGGAGAUCGGUCCACUUGGGCAAGUAGUCCAGCCUACCAGCCUGGAACUCCACGAGCACGACCAUAUGAAGCUCCCACUCCUGGAUCAGGGUGGGCAAAUGGUUGGGGUGAUGCUUCAGGAAACGCUCAAAGCACGUAUGCACCUUCAACACCUGUUGUGCAACCGAUGACCCCAGUUCCUGCUGCCUCCUAUUUGCCUGGUACUCCAGGUGGCCAGCCGAUGACUCCAGGGGAUGCUGGAAUGGAUCUAAUGUCUCCUGUAAUAGGUGGAGAGGCUGAGGGCACCUGGCUUCUGCCAGAUGUUUUGGUGAACGUCUCGAGGGGAGGGGAUGAGGUCACAGACGGUGUGGUGAAGGAAGUGUUCCCGGAUGGGUCAUGUCGUGUUGCCCUUGGGUCGCAGGGCAACGGAGACGAACUGAUUGCAAGUGCAAACGAGCUGGAGGUGGUCAGGCCGAAGAAAAACGAGAAGCUCAAGAUAAUGAACGGCUCCAUGCGUGGAGUCACGGGGAAACUGAUUGGAGUUGAUGGGUCUGAUGGCAUCGUGAAGGUGGAAGGUACCUUAGACGUGAAAAUAGUUGACAUGGUGAUUCUGGGCAAAGUGGCUGCUUGAGGACGCCGCACCGUCUAGAUUCUUAGUUUAGUACUCAUCUAACUUAGCGUACUAAAUGUAAUUUGUUUCUCUUGAAAAGACAGCACCCGUGAUGUAUUUAUUAGGCGGAGAAAGUACAGAUGAUAAAAAAGGGGGAAAAAAUACAGCUGAGUUGACUCAUA